AUGUCGAUUUACCAGGUUUUUAUAAUAAAUCGUGCUGGCAGCCUAAUUUACGACUGGGAAGACAGUAAAGAAGGAAAUGUGGGUAUUGAGAAAACAUUUAGUUAUCCAUUGGAUAUCAUUUUCGACAUUGUCGACCAAAAAAUUAGCGUUGUUUUUGGUGAACGUGAUUCUAUUGCCAUUAGAUAUACAGUAGCGGCAAUAAAUGGUAUAACCGUGCAGGGAACACGUAUUAUGAUGAACAAUGAAGAAGUCGAUGUAAUGGAAUACUUGUCAAAUGAAGCAAAUUUUCCAUUGAAUAUUCGUUUUAUGCCACCGACAAUAACAACAAAUGAAAAAAUAAUACUUUCAAGUACAUUUCACUCGCUUUUCACGAUCGCUGCGCAGUUGAGUCCUGCUAAGAAGAGUUCUGGAAUCGAAAUACUUUCUACAACAAAAUUUAAAUUACAAUGUUUUCAACCAACAACUGGAGUAAAGUUUAUCGUUGUUGGUUCACCAUCAAUGACAACUGGAAUCGAUAAUUUUUUACGACGUUUAUAUGAAUUAUAUGCUGAUUACGCUUUAAAAAAUCCAUUUUAUUCCAUAGAUAUGCCAAUAAGAUGUCAACGAUUUGAUGAUGCUGUCAAGAAUCUUAUUGAAAAGCAUGAUAAAUAUCAUAUGGUUACUAUUUAA